UCUCCGUCUCACUCUAUGGCAGCUGAUAUGACGGAGGAGAAGCCGCCGUCACCAUCUGAGCAAGUGUUUUCACUAGCAACGAGUAGGCCUAAGAAACGUGCAGGGCGGAGGAUAUUCAAAGAGACUCGUCAUCCCGUAUAUAGAGGUGUUCGUAAAAGGAAUAAAGAUAAAUGGGUGUGCGAGCUACGCGAGCCUAAUAAAAAGACUCGUGUAUGGCUCGGCUCUUAUCCCACGCCAGAAAUGGCUGCAAGGGCGCAUGAUGUAGCUGCACUUGCAUUUCGAGGAAAAGCUGCCUGCCUUAACUUCGCUGACUCUGCUUGGAAGUUGCCUUUACCGGCUUCAAUGGAUGCAACGGAAAUUCGAAGAGCGGCUGCUGAGGCAGCCAAAGCAUUUGGGCCUCAGGAAUUGAAGCAAGUUUCGGGAAGCGUGGAGGCUUGUAAUGGUGAAGUUAACUUUGUGGAUGAAGAAGCAGUGUUCGAUAUGCCCAACUUGCUCGUAAGCAUGGCUGAAGGGCUUUUGCUUUCUCCCCCAAGGAGUAAUUUGGGGGAUGAUGAGAGUGGUAUGGAUGUGUCCUUGUGGACCUACUCAAUUUGAUUCGUUGGGAUUUAC